UUGCCGACAUUAAAAGCACAAAGAUAGUAGCGGUAUAAAGUGAAAAUAUAAGAAAAAUACUAGUUGUAUACAAAUAUUUACUCACUCUUCCUUAUACGAGGGUAGAGAGGUCCAGAGUUCGAUUCUCGGAAUGCCCCAUUUUUUGCCGUUUUCUCAAUCUCUCUCUCUCAGUCAUAUUUCGGCGGGCUUCCAUUAAAAGGGUUUUGUUGCUGCUUCGCUUUUCUUCUCUUCUAUCAUACUAACCACUUUCAAUUCUCCUCUUUUUUUUCAAAGUAAUUGGUAUAAUUCAAUAACCAAUAAGCAUGGUAUUCGGGCAACUGGUAAUCGGACCGCCAGGAUCCGGAAAAACUACCUAUUGCAAUGGCAUGUCUCAAUUUUUUCCUCAAAUUGGACGGAAGGUUGCUAUAAUCAAUUUGGACCCUGCAAAUGAUGCAUUGCCUUAUGACUGUGCUGUUAAUAUUGAGGAAUUGGUCAAACUUAGUGAUGUGAUGAAUGAGCAUUCACUGGGGCCCAAUGGAGGUCUAGUGUAUUGUAUGGAUUACUUGGAGAAGAAUGUUGAUUGGCUGGAGUCCAAAUUGAAGCCACUUCUUAAAGAUCACUAUCUGCUCUUUGAUUUUCCUGGCCAAGUUGAGCUAUUUUUCCUGCAUUCAAGUGCAAAGAGUGUUAUAUUGAAAUUAGUGAAGAAAUUGAAUCUUAGGCUGACUGCUGUGCAUUUGGUUGAUGCCCAUCUCUGCAGUGAUGCAGGGAAGUAUAUCAGUGCAUUACUGCUAUCAUUAUCAACCAUGCUUCAUAUGGAACUUCCUCAUGUAAAUGUUUUCUCUAAAAUUGAUCUUAUUGAAAGCUACGGGAAAUUAGCUUUUAACCUGGAUUUCUACACUGAUGCACAAGAUUUAUCAUAUUUGCAGUAUUGCCUUGAUCAAGAUCCUCGUGCUGCCAAAUACAGGAAGCUCACAAAGGAACUAUGUGAGGUUGUUGAAGAAUUUAGCCUUGUGAAUUUCACAACUUUGGACAUACAGGACAAGGAAAGUGUUGGAAACCUUGUGAAAUUGAUCGACAAGACCAAUGGGUACAUCUUUGCUGGUAUAGAUGGAAGUGCAGUGGAGUUCAGCAAACUUGCAGUUCGCCAAGUUGAUUGGGAUUAUUACAGAGUAGCAGCAGUACAAGAGAAAUACAUGAAGGAUGAUGAACCUGAUAAUGACUCCAAUGCGUAGGGAGCUUUGCUGUUUCAGCAAAUCAGCUACUGAAAUUACUGAGUGUACUGUGAGUGGCAAAUUGGUUCUUUAUUGCUAGAACCAGACGGUAGAGAAAUAUAUUGCAAGGCUAUGAACAUGAUGUACCAUUUGUAUAUGUUUGUGAUGCACAGUAAAUUUUCUAUGUGUUAGAGUAGAGGCAUUUUGCCUUUAGUUGGCACAUUUGGUUCAGCAAAGAAUUCUUGUACACUUAGGUUAGAAGUGUUUGACGAUAAUUUAAGGUAAUACAGAGUACAACAUGAAAUUACAA